AUGCUGUCCAAUAUUUUCCUCUGCAUCUGCGCCCUUGCAUCCUUUGCCACCGCCACUCCGACCUUGACUGCUGUUGCCCAGCUCAACGACCGCGCUAGCACCACGUGCACGUUCACUGAUGCUGCGAAAGCCAAGUCAGGCAAGACUUCUUGCACCACCAUCUACCUCAAGGACAUCGUUGUGCCUGCUGGCACUACGCUGGACCUGACGGGCCUCAAGGCAGGCACUCAUGUCAUCUUCCAGGGCAAGACUACCUUUGGCUACAAGGAGUGGUCGGGACCUCUGAUCUCCUUCUCUGGCACCAACAUACUCAUUGAGGGUGCAUCGGGUCACAGCAUUGACGCCGACGGUGCUCGCUGGUGGGACAGCAAGGGAACCAAUGGUGGCAAGACCAAGCCUAAGUUCUUUUACGCCCACAAGCUCAUUAACUCCAACAUCAAGGGCCUCAGCGUGAAGAACACGCCCGUCCAGGGCUUCAGCAUCAACGGUGCCCAGAAUCUCGCUGUCUACGAUGUGACCAUCGAUAAUUCAGCCGGUGACAGCGCCGGCGGCCAUAACACCGACGCCUUCGACGUCGGCUCUUCAACCGGCGUCUACAUCUCAGGCGCUACUAUCAAGAACCAGGACGACUGCCUGGCCAUCAACUCGGGAACCAACAUCACCUUCACAGGCGGCUACUGCAGCGGCGGCCACGGUCUCUCCAUCGGCUCCGUAGGCGGCCGCUCCAACAACGUCGUCAAGUCGGUCAAGAUCACCAAUAGCCAAAUCGUCAACUCGGACAACGGCGUGCGCAUCAAGACCGUCUACGGCGCCACCGGAUCCGUUUCCGACAUCACUUACAGUGAUAUCAAGCUCACCAACAUCGCUAAGUACGGUAUUGUCAUCGAGCAGGAUUACGAGAACGGCAGUCCUACCGGCACCCCCACUGCUGGUGUCCCCAUCACUGGGCUCAAGGUCAGCAAGGUCACUGGAACUGUCAUGUCGAGCGGUAACGAUAUCUAUGUCCUGUGCGCUAAGGGUGCUUGCUCCAACUGGGCUUGGUCCGGUGUCAACAUCACUGGUGGCAAGAAGUCGACCAAGUGCACCAACGUUCCCAGCAGCGCUGCUUGCUAAAUGAUCUCUGUUGUUUGUGCAACCGGAUCAAAUGAGGGGGCCUGGAAGACGGCCUCUUGUACAUAGAAAAUUUCGAUUUCUGGGUUGCCAAGCUGUAUAUAUUUGCCACCAUAUUUAAGAAGCCGGGGCAUGCACCGUUUAGCUUACUGUAAUAUG